AUGGCAUUCACCCUGUACUCACUGCUGCAGGUGGUCCUGCUCUGCGUCAACACCAUUGCCGUGCGGCACGAGGAGCGUUUCCUCAAGAACACUGGCUGGGGAACAGACCAGGGAAUUGGCAGAUUUGGAGAGGAGCCAAGAAUUAAAUCUCAGCUAAUAAACCUUAUUCAAUCUGUAAGAACCGUAAUGAGAGUGCCAUUGAUAAUAGUAAACUCAGUUGCAACUGUAUUGCUUUUACUAUUUGGGUGAAGAUCAGUGGAGGAA